UGUUCCAAGCUGAUGACAAUGAUACUUUGCGCAAUUAGUCUCGAAGAAUUUCAGUACGUGACAGUCGCAGCAGGUCCUUAACCGACACCACCCUUCAGCUUUUCAACGAAAUUAACUCAAAAGUGAGAAAAAUCGGUCAGCCAAGAUCGGGAUAUUGGACUUGAACUCUUCUCAUCGUUAUUCGAAGGACAUUCCCGAAAGGAGCAUCCAGAAUGACUGCCACCGAGGAAUCGGAACCGCUCAUUUCGUCGACUAAUCCUGCGGUGGCUACAACCAGCUCAGGGAAACACAGGUUCUCCUACCAAUCUUUAAUCAGUAAGAAAAAUGGCUCAUCCGGAACCGAGCGAAAUGGAUCCGCGAGUCCUGAGGUUGCGGUGUGUCUCGAAAAAAUGGUCUCAGGGUCGAGCGCCGACCGUUCCUUGGAGAGAAUUACCUUCACAUGGAGCGACGUGAACGUCUAUGUUACCGCAAAGAAGCAGCGACUGUGGGAGCGUAUAACGAAAGGAAGAAGGCCCGUCGAGCUGAAGCACAUCUUGAAGGACGUAUCCGGAGUCGCUUAUCCCGGUGAACUCUUGGUCAUUAUGGGCUCUUCGGGAGCCGGGAAGACCACGCUUUUGAAUACCUUGACCUUCCGCACCGGCCAAGGGAUAACCGUUUCCGGAAUAAGGGCAGCCAAUGGUCGCCGCUUAACUUCCACCGUUCUCACCUCCAGGUCGGCAUACGUUCAGCAGAAUGACCUUUUCAUUGGCACCCUGACUGUCAAGGAGCAUCUCAUAUUUCAGGCCCUGGUUCGCAUGGACAGACACAUUCCGUAUAGACAGCGGAUGCAAAGGGUCGAAGAGGUCAUAGCCGAGCUGGCGCUGACAAAAUGUACAAACACUGUGAUUGGGGUACCCGGUAGAGUGAAGGGGAUUUCAGGUGGUGAGAUGAAGAGAUUGUCACUCGCCUCCGAGUAUCUAACGGAUCCUCCGCUGAUGUUUUGCGACGAGCCAACUUCAGGGCUGGAUUCUUUCAUGGCGCAUCAGGUCGUUACCGUUCUGAAGAAUUUAACAGCAAGAGGUAAGACCAUCGUUGCUACCCUGCAUCAGCCAUCUUCGGAAUUGUUCGCACUGUUCGACAGAAUUCUCCUGAUGGCCGAGGGAAGGGUCGCCUUCAUGGGAAGCCCGGAACAAGCUUGCGCUUUUUUUAAAAGUUUGGGCGCUGCCUGUCCCAGCAACUACAAUCCAGCCGACCAUUUCAUCCAAGUCUUGGCAGUGGUCCCGGGUCGGGAGGCGGAGUGUCGUCAAGCGAUAAACAACGUCUGCGACGAUUUCCAGAAGAGUGAAACCGGGGUGAAGAUGGCUCUGGAGGCCGGCACCGUGGACGGUGAAUUCGGCGACUCGGUCGUGGACGAGACCACGGCGGCCAGACGAUGUCCCUACAAGGCAUCCUGGUGCGAACAGUUCAGAGCCGUACUAUGGCGGUCAUGGAUAUCAGUGAUCAAGGAACCGAUGCUGAUAAAAGUCCGCUUUCUCCAGACAAUCAUGGUGGCGAUGCUCAUCGGGUUCAUUUAUUACGGACAGAAGCUGGACCAGAACGGUGUGAUGAACAUAAACGGAGCUCUCUUCAUUUUCCUCACCAACAUGACCUUCCAGAACGUAUUCGCAGUGAUUUAUGUAUUUUGUGCGGAAUUGCCGAUAUUCCUGCGGGAACACCGUAACGGGAUGUACAGAACCGACGUCUACUUCAUCUGCAAGACACUGGCGGAGGCGCCAGUCUUCAUCGCAGUUCCGUUCGUCUAUACCGCGAUAGUCUAUCCGAUGAUCGGAAUGUACCCUGGACCGGAGCACUUUUUUACAACGGCUGGAAUAGUCACGUUAGUUGCCAACGUGGCGACCUCCUUUGGGUAUCUGAUCUCCUGCGUCAGCUCAAACGUGGCGAUGGCGUCAGCGAUAGCACCGCCGUUGAUAAUUCCUUUCCUGUUAUUCGGAGGAUUUUUCCUGAACAAAGCAUCCGUCCCGUCUUACUUCGUCUGGUUCUCUUAUCUAUCCUGGUUCCGUUACGGAAAUGAAGCCUUGCUCGUGAACCAAUGGGCAGAAGUUGAUUCCAUCAGCUGCACCCGAAGCAACGAGACGUGUCCCAAGAACGGUCACGUCAUUCUCCAGACCCUCAAUUUCAGCGAGCACGAGAUCGGAGGAUUGGUUUUGUCAUGCGGAGGACAUUCGAGAGCUUCUCGACCAUUCGCUGACCGCUCCUCGUUCAAACCUUUCGAGUCAUGUCCCACCGCGAGUUGUGAAGGAGAGAAUUUCCUUCUCCCAAAGUCGAUUGCAUCGCACGUGGCCUGCAGUCGAUCGGUGGAUCUCUGCAAAGAUAAACGUCGCCGUUUCCGUCUCCAAGAAAAUAUGGUUGUCACCUCGAGGGGUUUCUUGGCCUCUAGAAACGAGGAUUCAACCCAGUGCGGAAAAGGCGUUACCAUAUCCUGGCGCGAUUUAUCGGUCUACGCAACUACCAAGGACAACAGGAUAUGCAAACAGCUGAUCAACAACGUCCGCGGUGCCGUCAAGUCGGGGACACUCGUUGCCAUAAUGGGAGGAAGCGGUGCUGGAAAAAGUUCACUGAUGACAGCGCUCGCAUAUCGUUCUCCACCCGGCGUCGUCGUCCACGGUGACAUAUUGGUGCAGGGACAUCCGGUCAGCCCCUCCUACAUGCGGCUUCACACCGGGUUCAUGCACCAGGAAGACCUCUUCGUUGGUUCGAUGACCGUGAUGGAGCAUCUGAUGUUCAUGGCUAGGAUGAAGCUGGACCGGAGAACGGAAGUCCGGAACAUCAGGAUUAGGAUAAGCCGUCUUCUCCAGGAAGUCGGACUGGUUCACAGGUCUGGGACUCAGAUUGGGACCGGUGGUGAGAAGGUUUUGUCUGGAGGUGAGAAAAAGCGACUCGCAUUCGCUACCGAACUGAUAUCCGAUCCAAAGAUCCUUUUUCUGGACGAACCAACAACAGGACUCGACGCCCAUUCUGCUGGAGUUUUGGUCGCCCAUCUGAAAGCCGUUGCUUCUCGAGGCCGCACCGUUCUCUGCACGAUCCAUCAACCGAGCUCGGCGAUAUUCAACGCCUUCCAGCAGAUCAUCCUGGUGGCCGAGGGUAGGAUCGCGUUCAUCGGCACCGGUGUCCAGGCGCUUCAAUUUUUUGCCAGCGAAGGACACCAGUGUCCUUGCGCCUACAACCCUGCCGAUUUCCUCAUAGCCACCCUUGCGACCGCCCCGCGGUACGAAGACGCCAGCAGGCGAAACGCUCAGAGGAUAUGCGACGCCUUCCUCGUCAGCGACGCCAGCAAGGAGAACGAUCUGAUCAUUCAACUCGAACUUCACAUCUCAAAUUCUUACAAUUGGACGGGAGAAACCGAGGACAUUUGCAAAUUCAAGGAGCCUUGGUGGUGGACAAAACUUUACUGGUUGAUCAAUCGCGGUACGAUUCAAGUGAUCAGGGAUCCAAGUGUCCAACUUCUACGCAUCCUCCUGAAACUGUGUCUCGCCAUCCUGGUGUCGCUCUGCUUUUUCGGAGCGAUAAAAUUGGAUCAGCUUGGAAUCCAGGCGGUUCAAGGAGUUCUAUUCAUCUUGGUAACCGAGAAUACAUUUUUGCCGAUGUACGCCACUCUGGCGACUCUUCCGCAGGAGAUGCCACUUUUCCUAAGAGAGCAUCGGGCUGGACUGUAUUCGCCCCAUUUGUACUACUUGGCCAGGGUGAUCUCAUUGAUUCCCGGUCUGAUCAUCGAGCCAAUUAUAUUCGUGAUGAUCGUCUACUGGGUCGUUGGACUCAGAAGUAGCAUCGAGGCCUUCACUCUGAGCGUCAUCGUCGUCAUCUUUACCAUGAACGUUUCCACCGCUUGCGGCUGCUUCUUCUCCGCUGCUUUUGACUCCGUGCCCCUCGCAAUGGCGUAUUUGGUUCCAUUCGACUACAUACUGAUGGUAACCAUGGGUCCCUUCAUCAAGCUCGGCACCCUGCCGGCCUAUGUGCAGUGGGUCAAAUACAUCUCGUGGCUUCUUCAUUCCACCGAAGCAUUAACCAUCGUUCAGUGGGACGGAGUGCACAACAUUUCUUGUGAAGUUGAAGAUCCGGAACUACCCUGCAUGACGGAUGGAUCGGAGGUUUUGGACAGGUACGAUUUUGAUGCUGAUAAUUACUGGACAGAUAUUUCUUUCAUGGCUGUCACUUACGUGGUGUUUCAUUGCAUGGGAUACGCCUGUCUCUGGAAUCGAGCUAGAUACAAAUAACGGUUUAGUCUUAUC